UCUCUCUCUUUUCUCUUCUUUGGUAGACACUAGUCCUGAUGGAUGAUGAUUACAGUAGCGAGUAUGAAGCAGAUGAAGCAGGAGAAGCAGGGGACAAAGUUCCUAAUAAUAGUGUUCCUAAAGUAUCCCUCGAUGCUAAACUCAAGGAACUAUUGCAUAAAAUAAACUCGAUUGAGAUUAAGCUGUGUUCGGAUGGUGCAAAGGAGUUUAUUAAGCUACUUAAUGAUGAAACUGGUGGUGAAUUGCUCCGUUUAUAUGUACAGAGUUCUUCUGGGUUCAUGGAGCUUCUUCAAGCUUGGAAGCUUCGGGAGGGGAAACCUGGGAUGUCAUAUGUAUUAUCACUAGUUUCGACCAUAUUAAGUCAUCCAGAAGGGAUAUAUAGAUCGAAUGAUAAGGAGAUCAUUCAGGUCAGUAGGGUUAUUGACAAAUUUGCACGAGUAAUUGUUGAAGAAAAGAUGGAGCUUGUGUGUAAGGAACUGCGUAGCAAAGAUGGGAAGUGCCAAAAAGCUGCGCUUUUACUAUUAGCCUCAAUUGUUAGGCGUGGGUCAGGUUUGGCUUCUGAAGUCGCAAAGAAAUUUGAUUUUAAUCUCUGGGGAUUUUCCAAGUUGGCAGAAUGUAAAAAGAAGCGGAGUGAAACAAUAAGGAAGCACUCGACAAGAAAGUCUUUUGUUGGAUUUGCAAUGUCCUUUUUGGAGGUAGGGAAACCAGGACUGUUAAGGAGCAUCUUACAACAGAGGGAAAUGUAUUUUGGUGUUCUUCGUGGGCUUGGGGAUGAUGACAAUGAGACUAUUAUUUAUGUUUUGUCAACUUUGCGAGACACGGUUCUCACUGAGGAGUCAUUAGUGCCUCCAGGCCUUCGGAGUGUUCUGUUUGGAAGGGUCACCUUGGAACGGUUGAUCAGCAUUUCUGGAAGGGGGGAUGGCGAGGUUGCUGCAGAGGUGGCACACAGUGUUUUACUUAUGGUUUGUACUGAUCCUUGUAAUGGCUUGAUGCCAGAUUUGAAGAAACUACCUAAUCCAUUGAGGGGUAAUACAAAGCGACUAUUGGAACUCAUGAAGAAGCUAAAAGCAGCGGAGAUUGGUCGUCACAGGGACCUGCUGUUGUCUAUAAUCAGAGGAGGGCCUUAUUUUGGUUCAGCAUACAUGGAAGAGUUCCCUUAUAACCUUGAAGAUUUUGCAUCACCUACCUGGUUUGCUGUGGUUUCUCUAGCUGCGGAAGUGGUCUCGGCAUUAGGAAAGGGACUUCCUUUUGGUUUCCUCAAUUCUUGUUCUUAUGAUCUUGUUUCUUUGAAUGGUGCGGAUGCUCAGACUCUCAGAAAUUGCAUUGCUCCUUGUCCAUGCAAUCGAUCAGUUAUCAAUAAGGGGUUGCUUCAUGCUGAUUUUCUUGUGAAUCAUGGAACUUUGAGGCUGCUGAUGGAGAUGUUGAAGCUGUUGGAUUCCUUCAUUAAGGGUGUAAGCUGUUGUUCUCUAGAUAAGAACGAGAUGCAAAGUUGGGCAACAUCUAUGCAAGACAUUCUGAAUGAAGUUCAAACUUUUCUCCCUGAUCCCCAAGUUCUGUUGACUCUAUUUAAGAGACGCAGAUUUGAAAAUAUCUCAACUACAAAGACUAAAAUGACUACUUCUUGUUUAAAGAGAGCAGUGGAUUUGAAAAACUUUUCUGAGCAGAGUAGCCAGAGAAAAAAGAAAUUGAAAGUGAAUGAGGAUGUCGACAUUAAAGUAGGAGGUAUAGAUUCAGAUCCGGACAAUUCUUCACCUGAGGAUAGUGAAAGGGUUGUUGAUGCAGAUGUGACAGAUGAUAUUGAAAGUGGGAAGGAUUUUAUGAACUUCAUUUCAGAAAUAUGGGGAUUAAAUCUUCAUCAGAUGCCUAUUAUUGAAGAGAAGGACACAUAUAUAUGUUUUUACUCUAAGCUACUUGAUGCUCUCCAAAUUUACCUACGGAUAAUCCCAACAUCAUUGGAGGGAUCUUUCGAUUUUUUCAUGAAUCUUCUUGGUGACCCCUUAACAUUGCCAGUUUGUAUGCAGCGCUCUAUUUUGUCUUUACUAAUUGAAUACACCAAUGGGUCUCCUAGAGAUGGAUUUCUUAUUCCAACUCCGCCACAUAUGUACAAGCAUCUGUCUUCUUUUAUUAACUUGUUAAUUUUUUCUCCAACUGCUACUAGUGACAUAAAAGAUAAAGCAUAUGAUCUUGCACUAGCAGCUAUGUCAAGUACUGGUGCCUUUGACAGCAACCUGCUUGAGGUUGGUGCAUGGCUCUUGUUUUUACCAGGGCACUCUAGAGAUGAAUCAUUUGAUGAGGCAGGGGCAGAAGUGCCACGGAACUCUCCUGUCAGCUCAUUCCUAUGUGAUGCUGUCUCUACUAUUGGUAAUAAUUUAUUCAGAUAUUGGGAUGUUGUCAGGCAUCACUCCUACCAUGUAAAAGGUUUUGAAGAUGUAUCACCUGAUUUUAGCCCGAUGGUCAUAUGCGUUCUCGAAAAAUGUUUGAGGUUACUCAACUCUAAAUCUGGAAACUAUGAGUUACCUGAUAAGUCAAUGAUAUCGUCAUAUGUCUGCAGUACGUUAAAAUAUCUCUUGCAAACUCAGGUAGAUGCAAGACCGUUGUCUGCUUUGAUUGAAUCAUUUCUGAGUAAAGGACCUAAAGAUCUGGAAGAAGAUGCGGUGGAUGCUUUCUGUGAAUGGAGGCCACUGAAGAACUUAUUUCUCUUCUCUCGGAGCAUAUUAUAUCAACAAGCUCCUUGCUUUAUUUCAUCUGACAAGAAAACUAUGUCUGCUAAGAGUUCUUUUGCAAAUGUACUUUCUGAAGUGAAAAGAUCAUUGGACAAUGGUCUAAGUAGUAAAUUAGCUGGAAUAGCCAAAGCCUUUGCUUUCACAAUGUCAUGCACAACCCCUGAUGAAAUAUUGGAGGACUUUCCUGCAGUGUUGACUGUUGUACGAAAUCUGCAGGGAGUUUCCAUCUCGUUGUUAUCCAUUAUCUUCUUUAUGGAGCCAAAUUUUCUUGCUGAUGUUUCUAAAUUGUGGCCUGAAAUGUUCCAUUGUGCUCUCGAAAUGGCCAUAUCUAUGAGCCACCAUGAUGGUGGGAAAGAUGAUGCAACUGGCAAGACUGGUCAUUGCUUAUUUGCAGGUGACAGGGUCGGUACCGCGGAUUCUGAUGUAUGUGAAUCUGCUGCUAGUGCAUUCAGCUUCUUCUUGAGACUAGUUCCUUUUCAUGUGCUGCUUCCUUCAGUUAUAUGCACAGAUGGUCAGCAUUUGCUUCUGCCAAAGGUGCAGGAUUUGCUUUUGGCUAAAAUAUCCGAGUGUCCACCUGAUUGCCUCAUUUCCUAUCUUCGCCUUGUAUUAUUUUGGUUGAACCAAAUACAGUUAUCCUAUAGAAGGGAACCAUUGUCUGAAUUCAUACAAACUUGUGACACUUGUUUUACCCUCAUAAAGCAUUUACUGGCUCAACUGUUGGCUGUGAAGCCUGACAUUGAAUACUCCAAGAAUGCUCGUUUUCCUUUGUCAGUUGAGAAUAGUUGUGAAGUGGCUGAAACCAUCUUCUCUCAUCCUGCAGUGAUAGCUUCUUUGGCCUAUCCUUUAGGCUGUAAUAAGGAAUUUACAGAUGGAAGCUUAGGGGAUAGUUUGGAGACUUUUCUUAUUGUAUCCAGGCAGACAGUUCAUAUAUUGGAUCAUCAUGUUUUGGAUACAUUGACUAUAGCUUGUGGCUACAUGUUCAAUCAAUUCAAUGUUCAACAUUUGAUACUUAAAUAUGAUUCCAGCAAGCGGCUUGUAAAGACUUUCAAUGGAAUGGUACAGCAGCUACUUUUGGGAUUCAGGGACAAGUUUGAUCUGUGCAUCAGAACUGAAGAUUUGAGCCCCCUACUUUCAUUGUUCUAUACUUUAUAUGCCUUGAUUCGUUUUAUGUCCCCCUUUAAGCUUCUUGAAUUAGCACAUUGGAUGUUUGGUAGAGUUGACAAGAAUGAAUUGACUCUUCAAAACUCUUACAAGACAUCGGCCCUUUCUUUUGGAGUUAUAAUUGCUUGUAAUGCCUUGGGAAACCUGUGUUCGUAUUUGCAGCAGCCUGCUAAAGGGAGACAGCCAUAUAAUUUGUUUUGGGAAAUGGAAGAGAAGAAAGAUUUUGAUGUUGAGCUUAUUGAUAAUGUCUAUGCGGAAGUAUGCAAGUUUUUCAUGCAGUCUGAACUAGGUUUUGCAGAUACAUGUCUACUGAAAGUUGUUAAAGCUGUGUAUGGACUGAAAUAUUUGCAACACUGUGAUCUUCAUCCAUUAAGCUUGGUAAUUUCUAGAACUAUAAUGCGUACUCCUCUGGACAUGCUUUCUCAUAUGGUUUACAAGCCAAGCAUGACAAAAGCUAGUAUAGUGUUCUAUCUGACAAAGAUGAGCCCCCUGCAUUUGUCAGUCUUUGGGCACUUACUCCUACAUUCUAACAAAGGUUUUCUCAGUAAGUGCAAUAUGCUGGAAGAGACCCAUCACCAUAGCCUUUCGGAUGAGGAAUUUAUGAUCAUUUUGCCAGCUGCUUUGUCAUACUUAAAAUCAGUUUUCGUGAGAUAUGAAAAGCAAUAUCAUCGACAUUUUAGUAAUAUACCUACUUGUUAUUCAAGGAUUCUUCUACAUGGUUUUCUUCAGUGGAAAUUGUUUGUGUCUAAAUCUAUAUUUCAUGAAGAAUAUGGUGACUUCUUGCCAUCAUCUGCUGAGGAACUUCUCCAUCUUGUUAGUCAUAGUCUUCUUGGAAAAGCAAUUCAAAUGUUGCAGUAUCACUCUGCCCUAACAGGAGAUUCAAUUAAGAUGAAGAAACGGUUGAAACUGUUCAAUUCAAUGUUCCCAAAAUCUGUUCCGGUUGAUGAUCUUCUUGACUGCAAUGUUGGUGAAAUUAACUUUAAUUCGGUUGACCAGGCACUCAAUCUUAUUAACAAGGUGGUUGCAAAGAUAUCUUUUUGUAUGAUAUUGCUGUUUCCAGAAGAAAAUCAAACUCAGUCUCUGAAAAAUGAAGCAGAUGGGGACUCAAAGGAGAUUUCGUUGGAGUUGGUAGAUAGAAAAGUGGACUCAUCAAAAUUGCGAUUUCUAGACAUUCUGGCCACCAUUUGGCGAUGGUUGGUCAGAAAAUUCCCUUUUGUCUCUGAUGAUUUGAAAAAGGGAAUACACUGUGAUUGUUUACGCUUUUACCAUUACCUGGAGAAUUUUAUAUUAAGAAGUAUGUGUCAGUUGACUGCAAAGAUGUGUGACCAACUGAAUUCACUUCAAUCCCUUGUCUUCCUAGAUGAUUUGAUGAAAUCGUUUCUGCUCCACAGGUUUGAUGAUCUGACCACACUUAAAAUGCUUCACGGUAUCCUUGCUGUGUUGUCUGAGGGGAAAUUUUCUCGUGUCCCUUAUAUUCAGAUUUUGCUUUCCCACUCGCAGUUUGCCCCUACAAUUCAAUCUGUCCCUAAGCCUUCUAGUUCACAAACUGGCGUAUAUUUGAGGCCUAUGCCCAGCAUUUUUAGAUCACUUGUUUUCCCCCAUGCUAGUCCAAACACAAUUGACAGGAAGAAUGAUCUGAAAACAAGUGAGUUGUAUAUGAAGCAGUUGGAAAUUAUAAAGCUACUUAAAGUACUCCUUCAAAGUCAGCCUCGUCAAAGUGGCUUUGAAUUGGGAAAAGACAGUGGCAUAAAUUUUAGAGAAUUGCAUUUCUUACUGUUGUCUUCUUAUGGUGCAACUCUGAGUGAAAUUGACUUGGAGAUUUAUGAAGUGCUGUGUGAACUUGAGUCUAUUGAUAGAGCAUGUUCUGAAAACAUUGCCGAAAUGGAUUACCUCUGGGGAGUUGCUGCAAGAAAAGUAAGAGAACAGCAGGUUCUGGAACAGGAUACAUCUUCUAAAGUAAUGGAUGAUGCUGAGUCAGUCAGAGAACAUAGAAGAAGUCAAUUUAGAGAAAAUUUACCAAUUGACCCCAAAGUAUGCGCAGCAACUGUGCUAUAUUUUCCGUAUGACCGAACUGCUUGUCAUGAACCUUCGUCAUUGAGAAAGCUUCAACAAAAUGAUACUAAAGAUUCAUCUUUGGCACAAUCUCUUGAUUUUGACUGUAUAGAACGAUACGACCCGGUUUUCAUCUUGCGUUUGUCCAUUCAUAGUCUAUCAGCUGGCUAUAUUGAGGUGGCAGAGUUUGCUAGUUUAGGCUUGCUUGCAGUAGCAUUUGUUAGUAUGUCUUCACCUUAUGUUGGGAUGAGAAAAUUGGGCUACGAAGCUCUUGGGAGACUGAACGAGGCAUUGGAGAAGAGUCAAAAGAAGAAGGAUGUUGGGCGACUUCGGCUUCUUUCGAAGUACGUGCAAAAUGGAAUAGAAGAACCAUGGCAAAGAAUACCUUCAGUUAUUACUGUUUUUGCUGCUGAGGCAUCGGUCCAGCUGUUGGAUCCGUCUCAUGACCAUUAUGCAACCCUAAGUAAGAUUUUGAUGAACUCUUCUAAGAUGAACAUGAAGUGCAUACCACUUUUUGAUAAGUUUUUCUUGAGUAGCUCUGUAAACUACAAGACAGAACGCUUGUGGAUACUUCGGUUGACAUAUGCAGGGCUGAACAUAGAUGAUGACGCACCAAUAUAUGUCAGAAACUCUGUUUUUAAAAAUCUACAGAGUUUUUAUGCCUCUCCACUUUCAGAUUCUGAAUCAAAGGAACUGAUUCUUCAGGCGGUGAAGAAGUCAGUCAAAUUGCAUACAAUGGCAUACUACCUAGUUGAACACUGUGCUUUGUUUUCAUGGUUGUCGUCUGUGGUCUCAUUUCCCGGUAGGAUGCUACUUGGUGAUGAAAAAGGUUUUUUCUUAAUGCGGUUGGCUUUGGCAGUCGAGAUUGCCGGAGAAGUGGUUUCAUCCAGAAAUAUUGCCGAUUGGUUACAGAAGUAUGCGCUUGAACAGCUGAUGGAACUGUCCUCUCAUCUGUAUAACUUCUUAGUUGGUUGCAUGAAGUUGAUCGAAGAAAAUGUGUUCUUGGUUCACUCAAUUUUAAAGAUUAUUGUAACAACAUUGAAGAUAUCUCAGAAAAGGAAAAUGUUCCAACCACAUUUUACCCUCUCUCUUGAGGGUCUUUUUCAAAUUUAUCAGGCUGUCAGUCCAUCUGAUGUUGGACAAUCUGGUUUGGAUCCGGACUUUGGUCUUAGAGCUAUACUUAUGAGCACACCUUCCAUUGCUAUUUUACAGAUGAACUACGAAAAACUUUCAAGUUUUGUUAUGUGGACAAUAUCUGCCGCUUUGAAGUCAGACUCUGAACAACGUUUUAAACCUAAAGGAUAUCAUAAUCGUGACACAAUCAUCUUAUGGAAAGCAUUUGAGGAGUCUCUGACAUCCAAGCUCUUACGUUGGCUUAUUGCUUCUGUUAUUCUUGGAAAGCUUUUCAGAAAACGUGAUGUUUUGGACCCUGAAUUCCCAAAUAUUUCAAAAUUAAAAACUCUGAAAAAUUUAUUAGAACAUUUUGGAAAAGUUCAUGGAGAGAAUGGAAGCAGAUUUGACUGUGAAGAAAUAUUAGCCGCGGCAAUUUUUUAUCUCCAACAGCUUGUUGGCAGACAAUGUGCUGUCCUACCUUCAGUUGUCUCUACACUUGGCCUCCUCCUCUUUGACGUUUCUAAAUGUGCAGAACUUUUGCCCGGCAAUGAGGACUCUGCUGCAUUACUAUUGUCACGGAUACACUGCCCUGCUGAAGCAAAUCCUGCUUGGAGAUGGUCAUUUUACCAGCCGUGGAAGGAUCAUUCAUCCGAGUUGUCCGAAUCACAGAAGAUGGACGAACUCCAUGCUAGCCAAUCGAUCUUAGCAAGAAUCUCAAAUUAUAUCGGAAAGAAGUCGAUAGAUUUAGAAGGUUUAAGGUUUGAAGAUAUGGAGAAAUACGGCGCGUUUAAAUGGGAAAGAAGUCUUAUAGAUUCUAAAUAAUGUCUCUCAUGCACUCUCAAUUUCCCCUAAAUCCUUCACAUUCUGGGGAUUAUGUCUGUAAUUUAAAUCUUGUACAAAUUAGUUUAAUGUAUGAAAACUGAAUUGUCAUGUAAAGAAACUUCAGACUUUGAGAUA